UCAUCAGUAAAUACAGACACAACAUGGCUACCAGCGGCAGCAGGGAGUGGAGAUCCGUGUGUGAGAAAUUCCGGCUCUCUCAGGAUCUCUCCGAUAUAGAGUCUCGAAAAGAUCCCGAAAACGAUCCGUUCCGCUCUAAAUACAAAGCCAGGGAUCUGCUGAAGGAGAUCUACUGCACGGUAAAGAGCGUGAACAGUGACGGUGAGGAGGGGGAUGUGGACGGUGUGGCUGCUACAGCGGUGGAUGGAGAUUCUGCAGCCGGGCUGAGGGCCGCCAAACUCGGCGUGAUCGAUUAUUAUCUCGGCGUCAAUCAUAUAGAGACGGAGGAGCUGUCUGCUGGAGAGGAAUACCUCAUGAACUGUAUGAAAUUACUGGAGCAGUGUUCAGUAACCCGGGAGAACGUUUCUCUCUUCAUACAAGUCCGGAACCAGCUCGGCAUCUUGUGGGCAGGACGGGACGAGACGGAGAAAGCUCAAGGCUUUUUAGAGACGGCCGAGUCCAUUUACGUUCGCUACGUGAAAGAGGACGGGCAGCCCCCGCUGGAUCUGGUGGAUUUCUUUGUGCCGGAGGAAGACGCACCGUCCCAGCAGGAGAGGACGAGGAGGUUUGAGAUGGCGUACACACACACACUGUAUUACCUGGCUCAGGUGUAUAAGAACCUGGAGCAGUUCGAGCGAGCCGGGCGCUACUGCCACAGCACGCUGCAGCGCCAGCUCCAGUUCAACCAGUUCACGCCACUGGAGUGGGCCAUCAACGCUGCCACGCUCUCACAGUACUACAUCACCAAGACGCGGUACACGGAGGCGCGACACUGUCUGGCUGCCGCGAGCGUCAUCGCUGGACUCGCCGGAGACGUUCCAUCAGAGGCUGCAGCCAAAGAAAGUGAAGCCGAGUGUGAGAAACGUGAACAGCUUCGUCAGAAAAGAGCUGAGAUCGCUCGAUGUUGGAUCAAGUACUGCCUCAAUCUCCUACAGGACGCCAAAAAGCUCCUGGAGGACAACAUCGGAGAGCUGGACCUGGACCGUCAGGAGGAGCUUCAGCGCGCGCGCCGCGACGAGGAGGAGGAGAAGGAGCGAGGAAGAAAGGCCGCCGUGCUCUUCGACUCCGCCGACACGUUCGACCUGAUCUGCAGCCAUGAGGAGAAGGUGAGCUCCUCGUACCCGCUGAGCUUCCACGAGGCCCGGGCCGUGUUCCUGGCCGGGCAGGGCUACGUGGCGCAGGCCAAAGAGUACUUCGAGAUGGACGGUCACGUGACCGAUCACAUCGAGAUCCUGCAGGAUCACAGCGCCCUCUUCAGAGCGCUGGCGUUCUUCGAGGAGGACCUGGAGCGGCGCUGCAAGAUGCACAAGCGCCGCGUGGACAUGCUGGAGCCCGUGUGCCGCGACCUGAACGCCCAGUACUACCUGCUGAUCUGCCGCCAGAUGCAGUUCGAGCUGGCCGAGACCUUCUACGAGAUGAUGGACCUGAAGCUGGCCGUGGCCGAGAAGCAGGACCAGCUGGACGCCCACACCGUCAAGAAGUUCAACCACCUGUGCUCCUCGUCCAUCAAGUACUACCGGGCGUUCGUGGACUCGGUGCGCUCGCCCGAGGGGAAGUUCCCCGACCGGCUGGAGGACGACCUGCUGAGGCCGGCGCUGGUGGCCGAGUUCCGGAUCGCCCGUCUGCAGAGCAAGCUCAUCACCGCCGACCCGGCCGCCCAGCUGGAGAACCUGAACCGCUCGCUGGAGUCCUACAGCUUCGUGGUGCGCUACUGUGAGGAGAACCCGGACGCCAAGACGGCCGUGGAGACCGAGCUGGAGCUGAGCGAGGAGAUGGUGUCGCUGCUGCCCAUAAAGAUCAACAGGAUCAAGGGGAAGUUGGCGUCGUCCAACUAGCAGGCGGGUUCAUACGGAGAUCUGUCUCUGUGCUGCGCCGUCGAUCAGCCAGCAGAGGGCGUCAAUGCUGCAGUUAUGAGGAAUCCCCUCCGGCGGAGUUAUACCCUCCUCAUAACUGCAGCAUUGACGCCCUCUGCUGGCUGAUCGACGGCGCUGCACAGAGACCGUCGGACGAGCCGGGUUGUAAUUCCUAACUAUAAAUGUCUUGUACCGCGUUCUGCUGCUGCUACUUGGACGAUUAAUCACAGUCAGCACGAUAAAUCACUACCACAUAGAGCAAAAUAAAAUAACUGCUUUACUGCAUGAUUCAGUCGUCGCUAAUUUAUUAAACUGUUUGCUGGUGUCUCUAAUAUUUACAUUAAACACUAAAUAAUCACCUGCAUUUACUCUCAAUAAAUAAUAUAAACACU